AUGCAGAUUGAUCCCGCAAAAUACAAAAGCAUCGCAUCUAAUUUUGGAGUUCUGCUAAAGGAGCAGGGGGUUAAGGGCUUUUUCAGGAGAUGGGUGCCUACCCUCCUUGGUUACAGUGCUCAGGGUGCCUGCAAGUUUGGAUUCUAUGAAUUGUUCAAGAAGUACUACUCUGACCCUGCUGGACCAGAGUUUGCUGCCAAGUACAAGACCUUGAUCUACCUUGCUGGUUCUGCAUAUGCUGAGGUCAUUGCUGAUGUUGCUCUUUGCCCCUUUGAGGCAAUCAAGGUCCGUGUGCAAACUCAGCCUGGAUUUGCUAGAGGUUUGUCAGAUGGAUUUCCUAAUUUUGUCAAAUCAGAAGGUGCUCUUGGGUAA